AUGGCGGAUCCGCCGCCUGUGCUUACGCUCCUGGUGAAGAAGGGCCCCUGCGAGGGGAAGACCCUGCAGCGCCGCGCCGGCGCCGCGGCGCUCCGUGUCGGCCGCGUUGCCAAGGGCAACCACCUCUCCGUGGGCGACGCGGGCGCGUCGCAGAGGCAUCUCUCCGUCGAGUUCCUCCCGCCGCCUGCGGCCCGCUGGGCCGUCACCGAUCUAGGCUCCUCCAAUGGCACCCUCCUCAACGGUACGCCUCUCGUGGCCACUAUCCCCGCUCCGCUCUCCGACGGGGACCUCAUCAAGAUCGGGGAGAGCACCGUGCUCGCCGUCUCCAUAUCGACCGAUGCAGGCCCGGGACCGGGCCCCGCCGCGACUAGGCGUUCCGCGCGCAACGCGGCGGCGGCGGCGGAGGCGGAGGAACAGGGCCCCGCGGUUUCUCGUAGGGCCGGACGGAGGAAGGCCGGUGCGGCGGAAGCCCCCGAAGCUGGGAAUGGAGUGGAGGAGGAAGCUGCACUCCCGACUCGCCGAGGCGGGCGGAAGAAGGUCGGUGCGGCGGAAGCCCCCGAAGCUGGGAAUGAAGUGGAGGAAGCUGCACUCCCGACUCGCCGAGGCGGGCGGAAGAAGGCCGGUGCGGCGGAAGCCCCCGAAGCUGGGCAUGAAGUGGAGGAGGAAGCUGCACUCCCGACUCGCCGAGGCGGGCGGAAGAAGGCCGGUGCAGCGGAAGCCCCCGAAGCUGGGAAUGAAGUGGAGGAGGAAGCUGCACUCCCGUCUCGCCGAGGCGGGCUGAAGAAGGCCGUUGAGCCCGCUGGAGUGGAGACGGAAGUGGAAGAUGAAGAGGAGGAAGCGGCAAUACCGAGCCGUGGCAGGUCAAGGAAGGCUGCAGUGACGUUCGUCCUUCCGCCACAACCGCAAAAUACGAGGUCAGCGAGAGCUGCUGCAAGGAGAGGUGAGGUGUUGGGGUGCGAAAACGAUGAGGGGGAAGUGGUCUGGACCGGAAGGGGGCGAGGACGGGUUACAUGGGCAAGUGCAAGGAAUGGUACGGGUGUUACUCCCGAGGAGGAGGAAGAGGAGGGUGAGGUGGCUGUGGCCAGCGAUCAGGAAGGGACAGCUGCCGAGGGCAAGGGUGAGGUGGUGCCGCUGGCUGGGAGAGGACGAGCAAAGAGGGGCAAAGGAGGCCGAGGCCGCGGAAGGGCUACGAGGGCAAGUACAAAGAAGCAGGCUGAGGAUGCAAUUGUUGAGAACGAUGAAAAUGAGCAAGAAGAAAAGGAUAUGGCUGAUGGCAGAGAACGAGUGGGGAGUCCAUUGAGGGUGUUGGCUGUGAAUGAUUGUUCUGAAGAGGAUAAGGUGGCAGCUGAGGAUGACAAGUUGGAUGGAAACUCAAAGGCAUCCGUGGAGGAUGAGAAGAUGGUGGAUGUGGAGGAGGAUGCGGCAUUGACAGAGAGGGCAAUAGAGGGGAGGGUCAACGCUCAGCAUGCUCCUGCUGACAAUGGUGGUGUGGAAGAAGAGGAGGUGAAGAAUUUGAGCAAGGGAGGGGAAACUGAAUUAGAUCAGGAAUUGAGGGAAAAAGUGUCACCUGGGUCAAAGCUGGAUGGUGUUGGAGAAGUGGAAAAGAAUGACAAGAGGGAAGCUAUUGGUACCAGUGGUGAGAAAGGCCAUGUGGGGGAGAGCAAAGGAAGACACAGAUUGGAGAAUAUGACAUUAGGGGAGUGGUUUGUUCAGAUUGAGAAAUACCUUCUGGCAAAGAACGCAGAGGCUGCUGAAAAGGCGAUAGCUGAAGUGCAAGAGAAACAUCGGCGGUUUUGUGAACAUGUUAAAUCGCUCAAGCUCAAUAAGAGUCCUGCUCCUUGA